AUGCAUUUCUCUUCUUUGAUCCUCCUUUCCGGUGCUGCUACCGCAGCAGCAUCCAGCCUCAUGACUGGAUCCUAUGCUGCCGAAGAAGUAUUGAAGAAGUUGCAAAACAGACAAGUCGAGUUUUGCAAAGAGAUCAAACCGCCCUACACCUGCGCAAGAUCUUGCGGAGCAGGCUACGCAGAGUGCGGCUCGUUCCCCAACUGCUAUAACCCAGGUCGCGGAGAUUCUUGUUGCCGAAACGGAAAAUAUUGCCCCUCUGGUUAUUAUUGCACGAACGCUGGAUGCUGCCCGUCAACCAUGACCCUCGCUGAAUGCGGCGCCACCGAGAGAACGACGGGCGAUCCCCCAUCCACUACCGGGUCUCCUACCCCUCCUGGUGAUGACGACGACGACGAUGAUGACGAUGACUCGUCCAGUAGUUUGGAUUUCUCCUUCACUUUACCAGCUGCUCCCACCCGAACUGCUGCUUUCCCUCCCAUUGAAACGGACGAUGACCCUCUACCCCAACCUACCCGAACGCUCGACAAUCCCUUCAACCCACCUUCGGAUCCAACCAAUUCAGCCCUCGCUCCACCAACCUCGCCCAACGGUGCUGGUAAAUUGGAUGGCAGCUUCUUAAUCGCCGGAUUGGGAAUGCUGGUAAUGGCUUUGUAA